AUGAAUUCAGAAAUUUCAAAAUUUUUCGGCAAAUUGCUCCUCAUUAAUAGUUUAUAAUGUCCCAACAAUUACAAUAUGGUUGAAUAUAUUAUUGGCGAAUAAUUAAUGAAAUUUAAUUAAUAAGAGAUUGAGAACAACCAAAAUGACAUGAAAGAAUUCAAUAACGAUGAUGUUUAUUAGAGUAUAAUAAAUAAUUAAAAUUCAUCUCACUUAAAAUCUAAUCACUCAUAAUAAGAUGAAAAGCAAAGUACUUUUGAAUAUAUCGAUUACAAAAUUGAGGAAAAGCUUGAUGAACCGUAAUAAGAAUCAGCUAUUUUAGAUUCUAUUCCAAUUGAAAAGAAUGAAAUUGAUUUUCAAUCUUAAUAUGGUGUUGAUUAAUUUAAUACUUUUGUGGAAACAAAUUUCUUAAGCAAUUACAAAUUUAUACUGAGACAACAUUUAGAUUCCAAAAAUAAUAGUUAUUCAAUUAGAACUUCUGUUCAACCAUAAUGA